AUGCGUUACUCUCUGUGGUGGUCCAUUUUUGGUCUUAUUGGAGGGUCCUCCGCCACUCAAGCUUCGCCGGCCCACGUGCAGGAGCUCAAGGAACGCUGGGGUGAGGAUUGGGCAUUUUCGGGCAUUACCACUUUCGGCCACUUGGAGCAUGUCCAUUGUCUCACAAAUCCCGACACGCCGUUUGACAUAGGGAUCAUUGGCACGCCUUUCGAUACGGCCGUGAGCUACCGACCUGGUGCGCGCAUGGGCCCUCGUGCCAUUCGCACCGCUUCUGCCCGUCAUAUCCCAUCUCGCGCGUUUCACGCUGCAGCCCAAAUUAACCCGUAUCAGUCAUGGGCGAAGGUUCUGGACUGUGGAGACAUCCCCGUCACCCCCUUUGACAAUGCGGUGGCCAUCCAUCAAAUGACCGAGGCCUACCGAGAGCUGGGCUCUCGAAGGACGACCACCGGGACGGGCAAGCCCAAGCUUAUCACGCUCGGAGGAGAUCAUCUCGUGGCACUGCCCGCCCUCCGAGCUCUCCGCGAAUCGUACGGCGAGCCCAUGGCACUCUUGCACUUCGAUUCCCAUCUCGACUCGUUGCAUCCCGAUCGGUACCCCUCCGCCUGGACUUCGAUGCAAUCCCAGUUCAAUCACGGCUCCGUUUUCUGGAAUGCCAUGAAGGAAGGACUCAUCUCCAAUUCGUCGUCACUGCAUGCUGGCAUCAACACUCGCCUAAGUGGGAACUCCUUCCAGGACUUAGAUGACGACGACAAGCAGGGAUUCUUGCGCAUUGCUGCCGACGAGGUUGACUCCAUUGGCGCGGCCGGCAUCAUCGAUCGCAUUCAUCAGCAUAUUCCCAAAGAUCAGCCAGUGUACAUGAGCAUCGACAUCGAUGUACUGGAUCCCGCGUUUGCCCCAGGGACGGGAGCCCCCGAACCGGGUGGCUGGACCACGCGCGAGAUGAUCAAGAUUUUGCGGGGCGUCAUGGAUCUCAACAUUGUUGGAGCUGAUAUCGUCGAGGUGGCCCCGGCCUACGACACCCCGGGGGGUGAAACUGCGUAUCUGGCGGCAAACCUGGCCUACGAACUGGUCACUGGCAUGGUGGCCAGAGAACAGAAGGCCGGCGGGCGGGCGGGCGGGCGACAAGUCCCCGUAGGGAUGAUGCAGGAGCCCAACGAAUAUGAGGUUUGCUACCGCCUGAAUCCCGGAGCGGAAACUGUUCUUAAUGGGCUUUUGAAACAAAUCAGCUAG